GUGCUCUUAACUGCUGAGCCAUCUCUCCAGCCCCACAUUCUUCAUUUUUAAAGAGUUUCAUUUUCUCUCAUCCUUGGGACACGUGACCACCAACAAGGCUUGAUUUCCCAGGUGUGGAGUAAGGCUUUCCAGGCUGGGGCAUCCAGCAGGAGAGUGUGGGCUGGCAGAACUGUUUUAGCUACCACUCCCUCCGCCCGCCCCGGGCUGCCCCACCAUGUGCUCUGGCUUGGCCACUAAGCUGGGUCACUCUCCCUGCCCACAGCCAGACUGAAGCCGAGGGUGGCCUGUGAGAGGUACUCACCAGAGCCUGAAUCCUAUGUCCUGGAAAGUCAUCGCUGGGACCCAGUUCCCUUUUAGCCUAGCUAAAAAAAGGGGAAGAGGAUCAGCCUGAGGAGGAGGAGGAAGAGGAAAACAAAAUCAACAGCCAGCGCAGCAGGCAGGAGCGCGUGUCCAGCUGUCCCCAACCCCGAGGAGCCAGUAGCCAGGAGGCCUGUGCCCAGCUGACUCUCAAACCCUGCAUCAGCCUGAGCUGCCCGGUGGAGCCAAUGGAGCUGGGGGCUCUGCUGGUCCUGCUGGUGGCCACAGCUUGGCAUGGUCACGGGACCCCAGUCAUCGAGCCCAGUGGUCCAGAGUUGGUCGUGGAGCGGGGUACGACGGUGACCCUGCGAUGUGUGGGCAAUGGCAGUGUGGAAUGGGAUGGCCCCAUCACCCCCUACUGGACUUUGGACCCUGAUUCCUCCAACAGCAUCCUGACCACAAGAAAUGCCACCUUCCAAAACACGGGGACCUAUCGGUGUACUGAGUCCGGAAACCCCCUGGGGGGCAGCGCCACCAUCCACCUGUACGUCAAAGAUCCUGACCGACCCUGGAAUGUGCUAGCAACAGAGGUUACAGUGUUCGAGAACCAGGACGCCCUGCUGCCCUGCUUGCUCACCGAUCCCGCACUGCAGGGCGGUAUCUCAUUGCUGCGUGUUGGGGGCCGGGCUGUCCCACGCAAAACCAACUACUCCUUCUCACCCUGGCAUGGCUUCACCAUCCACAAGGUCAAGCUUAUCCAUACCUAUGACUACCAAUGCCAAGCCAUGGUGCAUGGUAGGGCAUCGACGUCCAUUGGCAUCCGGCUUAACGUACAGAAAGUCCUCCCAGGACCCCCACAUGUGAUGCUGGAGCCCACAGAGUUGGUGCGGAUUCGUGGGGAGGCUGCCCAGAUCAUAUGCUCAGUCACCAAUGUGGACGUAGAAUUCAAAGUCUUCCUCAAACAUGAAGACACCCAGCUCCAAAUCCCUCAACAUACUGACUUCCAUGAUGACCAUUACAAAAAAGUCCUGACCCUCAACCUCAACAGUGUGGACUUCCAAGAUGCGGGCAGAUAUUCCUGCAUAGCCACCAAUGCCCGGGACACACAUUCUGUCUCCAUGUCCUUCCAGGUGGUGGAACGUGCCUACUUGAACUUGACCUCUGAGCAGAACCUUGUGCAGGAGGUGACCGUGGGUGAGAGCCUCACCCUCAAAGUCAAGGCAGAAGCCUACCCUGGCCUGCAAAGUUUUAACUGGGCCUACUUGGGGCCUUUCUCUGAGGACCAACCCAAGCUUCAUUUUGUCACCAAUAAGGGCACAUACAGGUACACAUCUGACCUCUUCCUGUCCCGAGUGAAGCCCUCUGAGGCUGGCCGCUACGCCUUCCUAGCUCAGAAUGAGGGAGGCUGGAAUAAUCUGACCUUUGAACUCAUCCUGCAAUACUACCCAGAGGUCAGUGUCACAUGGAUCCCCAUCAAUGGCUCUGAUGUCCUGCUCUGUGAUGCCUCUGGGUACCCCCAGCCCAAUGUGAUGUGGAUGCAGUGCAGAGGCCACACUGAUAGGUGCAAUGAGGCCCAGGCCCUGCAGGUUUGGAGGGACACACACUCUGAGGUCCUGAGCCAGGAACCCUUCCACAAAGUAGUCAUCCAGAGCCAGCUGGUCAUUGGGAGCUUUGAACACAACAUGACCUAUACCUGCAGAGCCCACAACAGCCUGGGGAACAGCUCCCAGUCUUUCAGGGCUGUCUCUACAGGAAGGGUCAAGCAGCUCCAGGAUGAGUCCCUGUUCACACCGGUGGUGGUGGCCUGCAUGUCUGUCAUGGCUUUGCUGCUGCUGCUCCUGCUGGUUCUCAUGUACAAAUAUAAGCAGAAGCCUAAGUACCAAGUGCGCUGGAAGAUCAUUGAGAGCUAUGAGGGCAACAACUACACCUUCAUUGACCCCACCCAGCUGCCCUACAAUGAGAAGUGGGAGUUCCCCCGGAACAAUCUGCAGUUUGGUAAGACUCUUGGAGCUGGUGCCUUUGGGAAGGUGGUAGAGGCCACAGCCUUUGGUCUAGGCAAGGAAGAUGCCGUGCUGAAGGUGGCUGUGAAGAUGCUCAAGUCCACGGCUCAUGCUGAUGAGAAGGAGGCCCUCAUGUCAGAACUGAAGAUCAUGAGUCACCUGGGCCAGCAUGAGAAUAUAGUUAACCUCUUGGGAGCCUGCACCCAUGGAGGGCCUGUCCUGGUCAUCACUGAGUACUGCUGCUAUGGCGACCUACUCAACUUUCUACGAAGGAAGGCUGAAGCCAUGCUGGGACCCAGCCUGAAUCCCAGUCAGGACUCCGAGGGGGACUGUGGCUACAAGAACAUCCACUUGGAAAAGAAAUGCGUGCGCAGGGAUAGUGGCUUCUCCAGUCAGGGUGUGGAUACCUAUGUGGAGAUGAGGCCGGUCUCCACUUCUUCAAAUGACUCCUUCUCUGAACAAGAUCUGGACAAGGAGGCUGGUCGGCCACUGGAGCUCUGGGACCUGCUCCACUUCUCCAGCCAAGUGGCUCAGGGCAUGGCUUUCCUUGCUUCCAAGAACUGCAUUCAUCGGGAUGUGGCAGCUCGCAAUGUGCUGUUGACCAGUGGACAUGUGGCUAAGAUUGGGGACUUUGGGCUGGCUAGGGACAUCAUGAAUGACUCCAACUACGUGGUAAAGGGCAAUGCCCGCCUGCCUGUAAAGUGGAUGGCCCCAGAGAGCAUCUUUGACUGCAUCUACACCGUGCAGAGUGACGUCUGGUCCUACGGCAUCCUCCUUUGGGAGAUCUUCUCACUUGGGCUGAACCCCUACCCUGGCAUCCUAGUGAACAGCAAGUUCUACAAACUGGUGAAGGAUGGAUACCAAAUGGCCCAGCCUACAUUUGCCCCAAAGAACAUAUAUAGCAUCAUGCAGGCCUGCUGGGACCUGGAGCCCACCUGCAGACCUACCUUCCAGCAAAUCUGCACCCUCCUUCAGGAGCAGGCCCAAGUGGACAGGAGAGAGCAGGACUAUGCCAACCUGACGAGCAGUGGUAGCAGUAGCAAUGGUGGCAGAGGUGGCGGCAGCAGCAGCAGCGAGCCAGAGGAGGAGAGCUCCAGUGAGCACCUGGCCUGCUGUGAGCCAGCAGACAUCGCGCAGCCCCUACUGCAGCCCAACAAUUACCAGUUCUGCUGAAGUCUGAUAGCCGAGUGCUGCAGCUCUCCCGUUCCCAGCUCCACCUCCUCCAUGGACAGGUGACAUGGAGAGGACAUAUGAACUCUGCCCUCAGCUUGACCCAGCUCUAAAACUUGGAAGCAUGAGGGGUCUGAGGGAGGUCGGAGGCCCCCAUUCCCAGAGCCUGGGCCAUCACUGCCAAUCAGGGGCUGAGCCACCUCCCCUAAUCCCCACUCUUCUCAAAGGCUGGCCUCAAGCUGUGCCAAGUGGUACACUCAUAAUGCACUCUCUUGAUCUUGUUCCCACUUGAAAGAACCCGCUUCCCUAAUCCUCUUGUAUCUAUAGAAACAGACUGAUUUUGUGCCCAAGGGAAGGACAAGGCUCCCCAAGGCUAUAAGCAAGUGGUUGGGCUCAUCCCCUGAUCAAGUCGGCAGCAGGUUCUAUAGGUGCUUCAGACUGCAGGCUCCUAAGACCUAACAGGCCCAUCUAGUCUCCACCUGUGGCCACUGCACAACCCCACCUCACCCUGGAUCAUGUACUGUUAGAAUGAGCCAAGUGGCAGCUAAAAGUGAGGAGUGUUGUAUCCAGUCUCCUGUUAUCUGGGCUGAAGGCAAGGGUCCUUGGCAUGUGGCUGGCACUCCUCCAAGCUGACUCAUCCCCACUAACAGUCACGCUGUGGGUAUCUUUUUCAACAUUAAACUAACAGCAUUAACUUA